AUGUCUUGCUGGCGUCACCCACUGGAGAACCUCGGGGUUCUAGUAAUUCUACUGGCGUGCGCGUGGGGCUUUGUGGUGACCAGUUCCGCCUCGUCUACAGUUGCACCUCCUUCGACGUCUCUCCACGUGCUUCACCCUCCCCAUCCCCCCCCCCUGCCCACCGCACCAUCCUCCCCAUCAUCAUCAUCAUCUACCAACUCGCCCUUGGAAGUUCUAGUGUCACAAGUGGCAGCGUUACGCCGCGAUAUGGCCGACUUGCGCGCACUCAUCAAGGACGUUUGUGUCCAGCAUACAUAG